AUGGUUUUGAUAUCAACUUUUGAUUCUUUAGUUUUUCCUCCAGUAUCGAUCACUGAUUUAUACUCUCAUAUAGUUCUCACUCUAUUUACUACUGGAUUAUGGGUCUUUGUUUAUCGACAUCGAUCUUUCACAUUUCUUGCUUUAGCGAUGUUCUUUCCAAGUAUAUUUGCAAUAACUAUUCAUAUUUAUCAUGGUUCAUUGAUUCGUUUUAUUUCAUUUUUAAUAUUAAAUCCUCAAUGGUCAACCCUUCAUUGGUCUAUCAUCGGUAGUUUAAUUUCUAUUCUAUCGAUCAUCAUAUGUUGUUUGAUGAAUUAUAUGAUCGGUUGGGGUCAGUUCUGUUCAAAGCAAUUAACACUUCUAUCGGUACAUCAACAUAAUAGUAAUUUAAUUUACGGUUGGCUACGAGCCUUGGGCGAAGAAAUAGGAUGGCGUUCUUAUCUCUUGCCUGGUCUAUUGAUUCAUUUUUAUCCAAUUGUAGCAUUGAAUAUAAGUGGAUUUGUCUGGGGUUUAUAUCAUGUACCUGUUAUGAUUCUAUUAUGUUAUCAUCCAGAAUCUAAAGUUCAAUAUCCUAUUCGUACUAUUAUCGUUCAAUUUUUAUCAUGUUGGAUUUCAGCAUUUUUCUAUGGAUGGAUUGCAAUUCAAUGUCAAUUUUCAAUGAUACCACCCGCAACAAUUCACUUCAUUUGGAAUCAAAUAAAUCCUCUACUACUAGGCUCAAUCUAUACAAAUACACCAGGAUGGAUGAAUGGCGAACAAUGGAAAAUCAACGGAGAAGGUUUUAUGGGAUGUAUGGUUUAUUUUAUUCUAGCCACAAUUAUUACAAUACAACUGAGAUAA